CUUCGACAUUGGAAAUAUAUCCCCGAAAGCAAGUGGACAUUCCUCUCUUUCCUCCAUCCUUUCAACUGGCCUUGUCCUUUCUCCUGCCAGCUGUCACUAGACUGUCUGUCGUUAUACUCAGUGCGUGCCCAUCAUGCGCUUCAACGCGGCUAUUGCUCCGGCUCUUUAUGCGUCGGCCAUCCUUGCCGGCAAUGCAUUCGCGCAGGAUGAGAGCGAGCCUUCGACCACUGUGAUCGAGCGGCCGACUUUUACUCCUACAAAGUUGAAAGCCCCUUUCCUAGAGCAAUUCACCGAUGACUGGGACACGCGGUGGACGCCCUCCCAUGCGAAGAAACUGGAUUCCAAGAGCGACGAGGAUUGGGCAUACGUGGGCGAGUGGUCUGUCGAAGAACCAACCGUGUUCCCUGGAAUCGCUGGUGACAAGGCGUUGGUCGUCAAGAAUGCUGCGGCGCACCAUGCCAUCUCUGCCAAGUUCCCUGAAGUCAUUGACAACAAGGGAAAGACCUUGGUCGUUCAGUAUGAAGUCAAGCUCCAAAACGGACUGGAGUGCGGAGGUGCCUACAUGAAGUUACUGCGUGAAAACAAGGAGCUGCACGCGGAGGAGUUCUCCAACGCCUCCCCUUACGUUAUCAUGUUUGGUCCUGAUAAGUGCGGAUCUACCAACAAGGUUCACUUCAUCUUCCAGCACAAGAACCCUAAGACGGGCGAGUACGAAGAGAAGCACCUCAAGAGUCCUCCACAGGCCAAGAUCAGCAAGCUCACCACUCUCUACACCCUGAUCGUGAAACCGGACAACACGUUUGAAUUGUUGAUCGACAACAAAUCCGCAAAGAAUGGAAGCCUGCUCGAGGAUUUCUCGCCCGCAGUCAACCCGCCCAAGGAGAUCGAUGACCCGAACGACAAGAAGCCUGAAGAUUGGGUUGACCUGGCCCGCAUCCCGGACCCUGACGCCAAGAAGCCAGAUGAUUGGGAUGAAGACCAGCCCUUCGAGAUCGUGGAUGAGGAUGCCGAAAAGCCUGACGAUUGGCUUGAGGAUGAGCCGGCCACCAUUCCUGAUCCAGAGGCCGAGAAACCGGAGGACUGGGACGAUGAGGAAGAUGGAGACUGGAUCCCUCCCCAGGUGCCCAACCCCAAAUGUGAAGAAGCUUCAGGCUGCGGCAAGUGGGAGCCUCCGAUGAAGAGGAAUCCUCUGUACAAGGGCAAGUGGACUGCGCCCUACAUCGACAACCCGGAGUACAAGGGACCAUGGGCACCACGGAAGAUCCAUAAUCCAGACUACUUUGAGGACAAGACUCCUUCGAACUUUGAGCCAAUGGGAGCGAUUGGUUUCGAAAUCUGGACGAUGCAAUCCGACAUCACGUUCGACAACAUCUACAUCGGACACUCUGUUGAGGACGCUGCCGCUUUCCGGGCCGAGACAUACGACAUCAAACGACCGAUCGAAGAGGCUGCUGAAGCAGCAACGAAGCCCAAGACGCCCGACACGCCCAAGUCACCGUCGGACCUGAAAUUCCUCGACGACCCCGUCACUUUCGUCAAGGAGAAGCUUGAGCUCUUUGUGACUCUUGCCCAGAAAGACCCCAUUGAGGCAAUCAGAUUCAUGCCCGAGGUUGCUGGCGGGAUUGGAGGAGCCCUCGCUCUUGUUAUCGCCCUUCUCGUCGGGCUCAUGGGCGCGGGCAGCUCAGCAGCUCCAUCUAAGGAAGACAUCAAGAAGAGUGCCCAAAAGGCCAAGGAAGCCGCCGCAGAGGCCAAGGACAAGGCUGCGGAGGUCACUGCCAGUGGCGCCGAAGCUGUCAAGGCUGAAGUUAACAAAAGAACAACCCGUUCCAGCGGCCCCGCGGAGUAGACCUGCAGGUCACAUUCUCGGUUUACACCACGGAUGUUGCUGGCGGCUAUUGAUUGGCAGUAGGCAGUGUCCAACACUUGCAGUCGCAGCGCGUCAUCAUCAAAAAAGUGCUUUGGAACCUCUCGCGGACGGAGGAUGAAACGGGAGAUUGAUGGUGGACGGUGGGGACGCGUGAAACUAAGGUUAUUCUGUACUGCCCUUGCGGCUUGCUAUAGUCAGUCAGCACUUGGUGUGUUAAUGGCAAGUGGCGUGGCGUGGCGCAGAAGAGCAUUUUCUUGUUUCAGUAUGAGUUAUGCAGCGAGCCAACAUCAAUACAUUUCAUUUUCCAUUUUG